UCUGCAGACCCACUCUUUGUCAAGUCGGCCGAUACCCUUCGUUUCCACUACCACCCCCAUUCUUACCGCUGGCGCUGCUGCUGCUACUGUUGCUGCUGCUCCUUCGAUUCGUUUCGCAUCUGUCGCCUACUGCUCUUACACCAUCCGUACAAGCCACCAUGGUCAAUACCCGCAGUCGAGCCGCCGCCGUCUUCUCUCCCGAUGCCUCACCAACCAAGGCCAUCAACACCAUGGCAGACCGGAUCGCUGGCCUCAAUUUUGCCGGCCCUUCCAGUCCGUUUGAUCUGGCUUCUGCCGCAGAGCCCCAAACCAUCCACACCCUGCCUCUGGAUGACGAGGACGACGAGGGAACCGACGCCUCGUACAUCGACCGCCAAAGCGACGCCGAGGACGAAGACGAGCCGGCCUCUAUGGCUGCUGACGAUGAGCACCCUUCCUUGAACCGCGGCGCCAACAUGGAACUUGACUGCGACGAAAUCGACGAUCUCGACGGCUCCACUUAUACGCCACAGCACACGCAGGAGCCACACAAGACUACUGAUGAUGAUGCAUCCGACUUUUUCCCGUCCGACGGCGACGAGGACGGCCCUGUCUUCACACGCCUCACAAAGUCAUCGAGGGACAAGUACCUCCAUCGCGCUCAAAAGAUCAACGGCGCCAUGAUGCUCGUCUUCCAGAGCACCAACAUCCAGUUUCAAGGCCCGUAUCUGGCCAACUACCGCAAGCGCAACGAGGACGAGAAGCGCUGGGUCAAGAAGGGUCCCGUGGUGAUCUACAUCACCGAUGGCGGUCUCCACACGGGGUAUUCGUCCGUCUCCAAGAUCCCGCGCAUCCUGGCAUACUAUGCGUAUGGCGACUAUUCGGUUGCUCUCAACAUGGAAGGUACGACCUGUGUGUGCCCGUCGACAGGCAGAUAUCCGGUGGCCAGGCCGUCGAGAGCGCCGCCGCAGUCCGAAAGCAGUCCGAAGCUGGCCUCGGGGUCUGGGAGUGGGUCAGGUGCAAGCAAUCCCCAGCAAAUCGACCGUGCGAGCCAACCGUGCAUCGGGAUCGCUUGGGUCUCUUGACGAAGCCAGCCCGGGCGGCGUCUGGGUCGUUUGCGGGCCAAGAGAAGCGGCGCACUGACCAGCAAAGUCCCGAGCGACGAUCUAACGAUUCAUCUUCAGUACGUGCCGCCUCAACGCCGUCAAGCAGGUCAACACGACGCCCCACCGCAUC